CUUAACAGUGGUUGGCUUGUCGAGUCAUCGCAGUUGAGCAGCUCAGAACAUUACGAGACUCCGGCCCGGAGAUAUCAAACAGGGAACUCAACAGGAUUUUAUUCACUUAACACAGCACUCAAUGGUCAAGUUGUGGCUGCAUAUUAAGAAAUAGCUAGCGACUUUUGAUAGAGACCAGACAGAGAGAAAGUACCAGAGCCUCCGCGACACCAGCGGGCGAACUUGGCUUCUCUCCCCCGGUGGGAGGUGUCUGUCUGGCGGCUUGCAGCUGCGUGCGCGUACCGCUAAAUGCGCCGCUUCUCUGAGCUCUCAUCACUCGACAAGGAGAUUCGAAGUUAUGGCGAAUAGGCUUUGUAUUCGUCUCUCUGGGGUUUUCGUCAGGGCUUAAUGUCGUGACCACCGACCGCUGUGUGCGCCGGUUUUGCAGCGGACCCCCCAGAAGGAGAAGAGGACGGAGGUUCUUCUUCACGUUUGUGGCUGCAAAAACUGAUGUAACAGUGACGAGGACAGAUUCGGACAACGCCGGGUCAGCUUAGGCCAGGCUCGGCCUUGCUAAUCAGCAAUCAAAUCCAGAGGCCAAGUCCCCCUGGACCUGGAUCUUGGAUUCCCAACAUCUUUUUCUCUUGAGAACUUCAUUUGCCUGUCCAUGUCUUGGUGGAUCCUCACUGGAUGUUGGCAGCAGGAUGGAUUUGGGUGUUGAUCCCACAGGCAUCACCUCCUUGCAGUGCUUGCAACCCCCUUCCUUUAAUUGCCCGUUGACCCCCCUGGUCUUCAAAGGAAAGCCCCCCGUCAUCUUUCGGGGCUUCCUUGAGCCAUCACAAGGGACUUCCAGGUUGUCUUUUUGAACCAGGUCACAACACAAUGUUAUUUGGAGGAUGUUCCAUUGCUGUUCCUGCUUAGUUGACUUUUUUAUUGGAGGUUGAGGUGUUUGAAACCAAAACAAAGUUCCUCCUGUCAAACCGAGGGGAAGAAUGUCCGAAAGCAACAACAAAGCGGUGACGUUCGUCGCCCCGGCCCCGCCAUCGCCGUCGCUUCCGAACCCCCGCAAGAACGUGAACGGAUCGGCCAGUUCGGACACCCAUGUGGUGGAGAAGCUGGAGGGGCAUCUGGAGGGCCACCCGGAAGUCCAACGGCGGCAGCGGCGGCACACCAUGGAGCGAGACUCCAAAACGGCCGAGCACCGGUUCUUCCGUCGGAGUGUCAUUUGCGACUCCAACGCAACCGCCUUAGACCUGCCCAGUAAGGGGGCCGCCAUCCUCAUGUCGCCGACCUUGUUUGCUCCUCAGCCCUCGAAGCCUGGACCCACAGAGAUAGAUGCCGGGGCGCCUCUCCAGGAACCGUCUCAAGAAGGCGCCACCCCUCAGUCUGCGUUAGGGCUUAGCAGAGGAUCUGGAGAGGCUCCAAUCCAAAAUGUUAACAAGGACAGCGUAGCACAUGCUAGUCCUAAUAGUAGCGGUAUCGAACAGAGUACAGAACGGGUUAAAGACCCCAGCUCGACAGCAUCGGAUGUCAAUAACAAAACGGGAGACAAACGCGACGGCGCCACGCAGGAAGUCGCAAAAGACACAAAGGUCAGCAGUCCUUCCGAGGAGAAGGAGCGGGAAACCGAGCUAGCUAAAGCGCGCGCCGAGCAACGGGAGGCCGAGAAGCGGGUGCAGGAGGAUAUCGAGGAGGCGGAGACCAAAGCGGUCGGGACGUCGCCGGACGGACGCUUCCUGAAAUUCGACAUCGAGAUCGGAAGAGGCUCCUUCAAGACGGUGUACAAGGGACUCGAUACGGAGACGACGGUGGAAGUGGCGUGGUGCGAGCUGCAGGACCGGAAACUGUCCAAAUCUGAACGGCAGCGCUUCAAGGAGGAAGCCGGGAUGCUGAAGGGCCUCCAGCAUCCCAACAUUGUCCGCUUCUACGACUCGUGGGAAGGGCCGUGCAAGGGCAAGAAAUGCAUCGUGCUGGUGACAGAGCUCAUGACUUCGGGCACGCUCAAAACCUACCUUAAGCGCUUCAAGGUGAUGAAGAUCAAGGUUCUGCGUUCGUGGUGCCGGCAAAUUCUCAAAGGCCUCCACUUCCUGCACACCAGAGCGCCGCCCAUCAUUCACCGCGACCUCAAGUGCGACAACAUCUUCAUCACCGGGCCCACUGGCUCGGUCAAAAUCGGCGACCUGGGCUUAGCCACGCUGAAAAGGGCUUCGUUUGCCAAGAGCGUCAUAGGUACUCCAGAGUUUAUGGCGCCGGAGAUGUACGAGGAGAAGUACGACGAAUCUGUGGACGUCUACGCUUUCGGGAUGUGCAUGCUGGAGAUGGCCACCUCGGAGUACCCCUACUCGGAAUGCCAGAACGCGGCCCAGAUCUACAGACGAGUCACUAGCGGAGUGAAGCCAGGUAGUUUUGACAAGGUGGCCAUUCCCGAAGUGAAGGAAAUUAUCGAUGGCUGCAUCAGGACGAACAAAGAUGAGAGAUACGCUAUCAAGAUCCUGUUAAACCACGCGUUCUUCCAAGAGGACACCGGAGUCAGGGUUGAGCUAGCAGAGGAGGAUGACGGGGAAAUGAUCGCCAUCAAACUCUGGCUUAGGAUCGAAGAUGUCAGGAAGCUCAAAGGAAAAUACAAAGACAACGAAGCCAUCGAGUUCUCUUUCGAUCUCAACAAGGACGUUCCCGAAGAUGUGGCUCAGGAAAUGGUCGAGUCUGGCUAUGUGGCCGAGGGCGACCACAAGACCAUGGCCAAAGCUAUCAAGGACCGCGUCUCGCUGAUCCGGAGGAAGCGAGAGCAGAGGCAGCUGGUGCGGGAAGAGCAAGCGAGGAGGAAACUUGAGGCGGAACAACAGCAAGAGGCACUCAAAGUAUCACACACACAGGCGGAGGUUGAGGAGACCGAGGCAGAGCAACCGCAUCACUAUCAGCAGCUGGGAAUCUUGCACGCAACCGAAGGAGCCGCCGACAGCGGUCAGGGUUCCUCAAUUUUCUCCAGCGACUGCCCCCAGCUGGGUCAGCUGACCAUGUCCUAUAGCGGCCCGCCGGCAAGUCGGCCUCAGUCCCAGAGUCCCUACUCCACCGCACCUGGAGGUGGCCCCGCUCAACAGCAGCACCCAGCUUACGCUCAGCCAGCGCAACCAGUGCAGCAUUCAAUGGCGCACCCCUACAGUGGCGGCGCGAGCGCAGGAGGAGGAACAGGGGGGAGCGCCGCUCUCCCGACACUGCCGGACCCACCGACUAUUUUCUUCCCUUCCAUCCCCGAACGCCCCGUUUCCUUCUCGCCUCCUCCCACCGCCCCCCCCAAGGCCUAUAACACGCAGAGACGCAAGAGCACGUCGAUCCUCGAGGCUCACACCCGCCACUUUCAGCCGGCGUACCCUCGAUACGGGAGCAGCCUGCACCCCUUCGCCGGCAUGGAGGGUGUGGACCCGCCCUCUCUCUACAUGGUCAAUCCCAGUUUCGCCACAACCGCUCAGAGACUCGGAGUCGGGGAGCAUUUGCAUCUGGCGGGGCACUCAGAACCGACGUUCUACGGCUACAAGGACAUGAGGGCGGAACACGAGGAAGUGGUGAGGAGGCUGAGUUUGAACCAAGCGGCCUUACUGGAACAUUACGAAGCCAUGGCGUACGGCGGCUACCCGAUGACCGCGCACCAGCUCGGCCUUUUGAGUUUCCACCAGCAGAGGCAAGCGGCUGCCGCAGCUGCCGGUUUAGCUUAUGAUUCCGGUCCUCAGCCGGGCUUCUUGCACCCUCACAUCAUGCAAAGACUAAGCGCGCACAGUCCGGUACCUCCGCCGGGGCCUUCCAUGAGUCAAUCCGCCGGUUGCCCUGUUUCCUGUUCAUCCACCGACACGCAGCACCACACGUCAUCUUCCGCCUACCCGACGUCGGCUCCGCCAAUCAUGCCCGAUGCGGCGCCAUCUACGGGUAGUGUCUUCGACUACCAUUUAGCCGCCGCGGCUGCCGCCGCCGCCAGUGACCCAAGUCUCCUGGCGUCAAGGCUGUACCGAGCCCGGAGAAGCUCCAUGGAUCUCCCGCUUGAGGAAAACACCCCAACAGGGUCCGGCGGCUCGGGUUCCUACCUCCGACUCCAGCCGGUAACGGAGGAGAUGUGUUCCUACGUCAGUCCAGAGCUUCCUUUACCACCCGGAAGUCUCUUCCUCCAUCACGCGGGCCUAAGCGUAAAAGACCGAAGCCCAGAACCUUCCAGUGACUCCCUUCCAUCCUCCGAUGCCGGAGAAUUCCAAUCGCCUCCUCCUUCGUCCUGCCAUUUCGAUUCCUCGGCCGCUCGAUCCAUCCCGCACCCGUCUUCGGCCGUAUUCUGCGAUUCCACAGAAACCCAAGCGCAUCCGCCGUCCAUGCAGAGUUUUCUCCCUCCCACCCCGGCUUCCGAGCUCGGCGCAUCAGCGGCCCAGCCGGAGUCACUCAUUCCAAGUGCGUGGGCCCGCCACGGAGGGGUGGUCCCCUCCCAGCCCGACAUGACGUACCAUGAGUCAUUGCUGGCCUUGCAGGCCAAUAACCCCGCACUGGUUUCGAGCGCCCAGCCCACCCCGGGAUCCCCGCUGUUAGCCCCGGCGGCUUCCCAGCCCGGGACCACCCAGCAGGUGGGUGUUUCUAUCCAGUCAUCGGUGACAUCAUCAGCCCAGAGCCCCGCCCAUAUUUCCUCGCUGCAGGCGCAGCCCGGUGCGAGUGCCCCCGCAACCACGUCGAGCCGCGCUCCUUCGCCGCCCCCUCCCGUCAUCGUGCCGACAGCGGCCGUGGCCUCCCCUCCCUGCCCGCUGCCGCUUCCUGUCCCCUCUCUCCCUGCGCCCCCGUCCCAGCUGUUGGCCACCACGGUGCCAAUCAUCAGUGUAGUCCCCGCCCCUGCCACAGAAGCCCCGCCCCAGUCUGUGUCCCAACCCUCGGACCUUUCCCACUUCCAGCUGCUGGCGCCCUUAACCCAAGCAUCCAUAGAGAGUGGCUACUCUGAGGCUUCGGGCCUCAGCGACGGCAACGAGGGAGGAGGCGGUGGUCGUCACGAAGGCCGCUCCACCAAACGACACCAGAGACGUUCCGUGAGAAGCCGGUCACGGCACGAGAAGUUCUCCAAGGCCAAACUCAACGUUCUAAAUAUAUCCAACCGUGGCGACAGAGUAGCGGAAUGCCAGCUGGAGACUCACAACAGGAAGAUGGUCACCUUCAGGUUCGACCUGGACGGAGACAACCCGGAGGAGAUCGCCCAGAUCAUGGUCCAGAGUGAGUUCAUCCUGGAGAGCGAGAGGGAGUCAUUCAUCGAGCAGGUCCAGGAGGUAAUCGAGAACGCCGAUAAAAAAGGCCUGGAGAGGGACACAAGCGGGCAGAUGAGCGGUGACACGGCCCAGCAGAAUCUGGCGAUAUCAAUCCCCAUGCCAGACACGUCACCCAGCGCAACAGGACAAGUGGUCCACUCAGCCGGGCGCAAAUUCAUCGUCAGCCCCGUACCUGAGGCCAGAAUCAAGGAACUGAGCUUUCCGACCUCUCCCUUACCUUCCCGUGCAGCUUCUGUUGAAUUAGGUUCAACUCAAGGUUUGGAGUUGUCAAAAUCGGCGGGAGCUGUCAGCUUACAGCAAGCCUUCUCGGAGUUACGACAGAACAAAAAUCAGUUGGAUCCAGGACCAAGCACCGCCCCCGCCUCCAUCCACUCCGCCCACCCUCCAGUGUCCACUCCGGCGGGCGAGGCUUCAGAUGGCGUUGCCGCUCUGACUUCAAACCAGGAGCCCUCCAAUGCGUCUCCCAUUUCUUCUUCUGGUGUGGCGAAUCACUCCCAGGCGUCCAUUUCCGCUUCGGUCUUGGGCACUUUACCCCUCACCGGUGUCUCCAACAUCCUCUCGACAAUGCUCGCAUCCCCUCCCCCCUCCGUGGUGACCUCGCCCUCCUCCAGCCUUCCGGCCACCGAAGCCCUCCUCGACCAUCGCUCGCUCUCCCCCACCUCGUUGGCUUCAUCCAGCUCUUCCUGCGUCCUCCCCGCGCCGCCGUCGUCCUCCUCCAACGUUUCUUCAGUGCAACCCACCAUGGUGCACUCGCAGCCACAAAUAACCGCCCAGCCCGGGCAGACGCACACUCACUGUGGGGAAUGCGACUCAAGGUGUGACGCCUCCAUGGAGUGCCAAAGCAAGCCAGACGACAUUCAAGCUCUCGAGAAGAAGCUGCGCUCGCUCUUCAUGGAUCUCGGCGGAGGGGCGGUUUCCCCUCAGGGGGACUCGCCGCAGGCCGACGCCAACUCAGCGGCCGGGACCUCCUCCCCGUUGGGCACUCCCGCCACUUCUAUCGGCUCCGGCCAGACGGCCAAUACUCCUCAGCCCCCCACCACCCUGGCGCUGGGCUCGCCCACCCCCGUUCAGGGGCCCAGCACACCUAGCUCCACUCCUGCACCUGCAGCAAACUCUGCCGCCACCUUUGGCCAGACCACUCCAUCCAAAACACCCUUGUCUAGGGUACCGACCAGUUCUCCUUCUUCAGAACUCCCGCCGUUCCUCCCUGGACCAUAUCUCACUCAGUCCCAGCAGCCUCUGGAGGAUCUGGAUGCUCAGCUGAGACGAGCCCUUAGCCCCGAAAAUGUUCCUAUUAGCACAGCCACUCAGGCUUCCCAGGUUGCUCCUCUGGUGGGACAACCAAAGGAAGACGCCGCCGCUGCUGCUCCUCAAAGUGGAGUCAAACUCGGGAGAUUUCAGGUGUCGCUGUCCACUGAAGAGCCUCCAAAGCAGUGCCCAACCUGCACGGAAUCCUCCUCCACCACUUCUUCCUCCUCCAGCACUCCGUCGUCAUCGUCCUCGUCGAGUCUCUCCAGCCCGGAGAACACGCUGCACAAGGGCUCCUCGCUCAAAGUGAGAGGAAGAUCAGGAGAUGUGGUCGAUGGACUUCCCAGAAAAAUGAUAGGCGAGUCCCAACGCCCUUCCCCUCUGGCCUCCCCGUGCCUCUCGCCUCCCACAACCAUCGGACGCUUCCAGGUCACCACCAAUUCUAAGGCUAAAGUAGGCAGAUUCGCCAUCAGUCGAGCCCAAGAGCAGAGCACCGAGCCCGGGCCGAGUCCGCCCCCCGCUGCCCAGGCGGCGGCGGCGAACGGACCAGCCAAGCCCAACCGCCUCCCAAGUCCAGACACUGCCCGCAAGGUUUCCAUCGCAAGUCUGAACAGCGGCAACUCCUUCAACAACUCCUACAUGAGUAGCGACAACGACUCGGAAGACGAGGACGAGGACUUUAAGAAGGAAAUCAAUCGUCUCCGAGAAAAACACUUGAGCGAGAUUCAGGCCCUCCACUCGCGACAGAAGGAAGAAAUUGACGGUUUGUUCACCAGGCUUGGAAAAGUUCCUCCACCCACUGUUCUUCCUCCGGUCAUCGCCUUGGCCGGUAGGCGGAGGCGACCCACCAAGAGCAAAUCCACAAAAUCGUCCAGAACCAGUUCCUCGCACGGCAGCAAAAGUCCACUUCAGCCAGGCAGCACUCUGGCGGACCAGACCGUCACGGCGUCAUGCCCCGCCCAGCUAGCUCAGUUAGCGGCGGGAGGUUUAGCGGAGCCCGGCGGCGGCGGCGACUUUAGCAGCGAGCGCCAACUCAAAGCGGCUCCCUCCAGCGACAUCCUGUGUUCGGCCUACACCAGCUCGGCGGCGCCCUCGAUGCCCAGUUUGUGCGCUGCCACCCCAGGCUGCGUAAAGUUCAACUGGGGUUCCGAGCGUUUGGCCUUGAAGCCUGGCGGCAGGAGGACGCGCUUUCUGAGUACGCCCUGCUUGGCUCUUUGGAAGAUGGUGAAAAAAGUCUGCCCCUGCAACCAGCUUUGCAGGACCAAUAGCACCAAUGCAGUGAGUGGUUCCGGCCCCCUGUCUCAAAGCCAGGGGGGCUCCCAGUGUCUCAACAUGUCAGCCCCUCACCAGCGCAAAGGGACGUUCACUGAUGAUCUUCAUAAAUUGGUGGACAAUUGGGCCAGAGACCUCUCACAGGGGAAGAAGAGCAGCAAACAGCUGCAGCAGGCACCAGCACAAGGACACAGCUACGAGGUGAUCCAGUCCGCUAAUUUAGGCAGGAAGCUUUCCGCCCCGAGCCACCUGUGCCCGAGCAGCACCGCCACUUCCGGCCACCUCCCCUCCAACCCGACUACCUCUCCGGCCUCCCGCAAGAGCUCGCUGUGCCAGCCCCCUACCUCCCCGACGCCGCCCCACCCUCACCCGCCACCGCACUUCAUCCCGUACAUGCCCGCCCCGGCCUACGCCGCGCAGUGGUCCGGGCCCGCCCACGGCGGACCCCGGCUGGUCAGCGCCUCUCAGCCGCUCGGCCCUUACGCCGCCUCGACUGGCGGCCAGAUCAGUCAGGGUCCCAUGCACACGUUCAUGCACAAGUCUGUCAGCAACCCGGGAGGGCCCAACAUGAGAACCACGUAGUGGUUAGUAGAGGGCUCGUCAGAACGGCGACCAGAGCGGACUCCAUGAUUGAAAACGAGGAAGUUUGCCAAAGAGGUUUGAGCGGGUCCACUUGGGUGAAAUUUGAGAGAGCACAACAACACUGAAGAGCGCCUCCAUUUUGCUCCAUAGUCUUUGCUUGUAGCUGGUCUAGCUAACAUGCUAACAUGUGCAAUGUGUGUAUAAAGUGGAGGAGGCCGUCUUAGCAUUCACAAGGAUGCAAAUAGGAAACACAGUUGGUAGCCCCGCCCUCGAAUCAAAGCAAUAAAACGAGAAACGUUGGAAGCGAGAAACGUUGGCUGACAAAAAAAAAAGUGACCUUCAGAACAACAUUUGUAUAGUAUUUUUUUUUUUUGUGGUCAAGAUUCCAUUCGGGUUGAUUUUGUGUUGCGUGGCUACGCCUCGCCGUUGGCUUUUUUCGAGAUGAUUAUUUCUCCUCUUGAAUGUCGUUGUUAAUAGUUAUUGUUCUAUUUAAAAAAAAAAAGUACAAAUAUGCCUCUGUUGGGCGGACCUGUUCUACGCACACAUUUUCGUGUGAUGUGUAAAAACAACACUGUGAUUGUUAUUGUUUGUUAGGAGUCAGAACAAAUUGGGGAAGUGUCCAUUUUUCUCAACUUAAAAAAAAAAAAAUGCCUUAAGCGACAACAAUUCAGCCGCCAUUUUGACCUGCAAAUGUUUUCAAAUAUGGAUAGCUACAUAUUUUUGUUUCUUCCACAGUACUUAUAUACGACACUUUAAACUCUCUCACAUUGCCCUGUUAGAUGAAUGUGAAUGUACAAAAGAAAGUGAAUUUGUUUUCCAGUGCCUUGCUCGCCCCCUCCCCGCUCCAAACACUGGAGAGCUUCACAAGAACCACGUGAGAGUGCCGCCAUUUGCCCGAGUUUAGGAAGGACGUCACGCCACUUGAGUAGAUGUUGCCUUUAAUUCAAAAUCACCGAAGGACAAAUUGUGAAUGCAACAUUUAAUUUUUGGGCAAGGGCAACCUACAGUGGUUAUAAAAAGUCUACACACCCCUGUUCUAAUGCUAGUAUUUUUGCGGUAUUAAAAAGAUAUACCAAGAUCAAGUAAACAUUUAAAAAUAUUUUUUGUUAUUAAUGUGUAAGGCUCAAUUUAGAAGUAAGAAAUGAAGAAAAUGUAGUUGCACAAGUGUGCACACCCUCAUGCAACAGGGACGUGGCUGUGUUAAGAAUCAACCUCAAACUCACCUGCCUUUGUUAACCAAAAAUAAGUUGCAUCUUUUUAGUUGCCUGGUCUUGAUUUUUUUAUCGUUAGAAACUUUUUAGACUUUUGAACUCUUCAUUUUUCCUUACACAGCCACAUCUCUCUUUUAAGACGGUGUGCACAAUUUUGCAACCACAUUUUUCCACUUCCUCUCUCAUACAAGAUUUUGUGAUUAAUCUUGAUCCAUCAUUUUACUCUACAAAAAUCAGACACUCCCAAAAGGGUGUGUAGACUUUUUGCACGCACUGUCGCCCCCCGAAGACCAUUUUCAUCCUACUUUUAACCCCCCCCCCCUGUCCCCCCCCCCACCCCAAGCUGAAUCUGCAGUGUUGAAUAGCAACAGGUUGACGUUACUGUGAAGUUGUACUGGAUGACUUUUACUGUGAAAGGCUGGUUCGUAUUGUGAAUGUUCCUACAUUUAAGUGGGGUGAAUCGGUUUUCAUCAGAGGUGUAGCAUUAGCUUUUAGCUCGUAUUUAGAAAGCAGAUUCUAUUGCUGUGCCAUUGCAGGACUCACUUUUUUUGCCGUAGAAGUGAUCAAUUCCUUUUCUCCAGCUGUUUCUGUUUAGUCUCGAGCACAGAAUUAUUAUGUUCCCAAUGUCUGAUGUUGACUUAAAACAAACAAAAACAAAAAACAAUCCUCACUUGUUUUAUCUGCUGUUUUAUUGUGUGUAGCAGCACUUAACUCAGUGGUUUCUUUUCUCUCUAUUUGACGGGGAAAAAAAAAUGUUGGAUGUGAAAAUUUAACACACGGGGAGUCAUCAGCAGCCUUUAACGGUAUGUUUUGCACUAAGUAGAGAGUGUUCAAGCUUCAUAUUAAAACAAAUACAAUGACAUUUGUUACUUUAUUUGUAAAGACUUAAUAAAUAAAAGUUGUUGAAAUGGCA